CGAAUAACGGCAAGGCGAGGUCAAGCAUUCAAAUGCCAUGUCUUUUAUUCAACAUGAAGCAGAAGCAUUCGCUCAGUGUAGCAAGCGUUCAUCCCGGAGUGUGGUUCACCGUGUGACGUUUGGCCCGCAUGCUGGUGUGCGGGUUCAUUAUUUUGCAGCGAAAGCGAAUGCAACGCUAUUUUUAUGAUUCCUUUGCGGUACCAUAGCAACCUGUCACUGUGGAAAGUGGUAAACAGAAAAUUUUCACUAAAUCACAAACAUUUCGCAGGAUUUCUUAUGAAAGAAAAGUGGCAGCAGUAAAACCAAAUUCUGGAAAAUAAUGGAAAUGGAUUCAUAUUAGGGUUGGAUAAUCGGAAAGAAACUAGAAUAGCACAACGACAGUGAGCUAAGAUGAGCGGGGAUAAGGUUUUGUACCGGAACGAGGAACCUCACGGCCAGGGUGAUGUGUACUUUCUGUGGCAAACGGGUGGUUCCGCCCAACUUAUGGCUUCCACUGGAAGCGAUGGAACUGUUGCGGUGUUUAAUCGACAGGGUUUACUCGUGGAGAGAAUCGUAUUGCAGGGCCUCUGCGCAGGAUUUGCAUGGGACAAGGAUGGAGAUGUGCUAGCAAUAAUCACGCAAAGUUCGCCGCAACUCAUCGUGUGGGAUUCGAAUUCGCAAAAGAAGCAACACGUGGAUAUUGGAUUGCGUGAUCCACCGAGUUGUAUCAUAUGGUCCACACGUAAUCUGUUGCUCGCAGUUGCCACUUCUAGAGGUAAUCUCUCGAUAUACAAUCAUGCAACCACAAAAAGGAUUCCGAUUUUGGGGAAGCAUACGAAGCGGAUCACCUGUGGGGCCUGGGGUUUCGCAAAUUGGGGGUCGGGUAACGUCGGAAUGGUACACAUUCUGGCUUUGGGCAGCGAAGAUAAGACGUUGUCGUUGAGUAAUGAGGAAGGUGACACGUUGAGGUCGGUGCAACUGCGAGACAACCCUAGCGAUAUGCAUUUUGCCGAGAUGAAAACGGAUGAGCGACUUCCGGGUGAGAACACGAUAAGUAUGAUUCUUGGGAAAAGGACUCUGUUUCUGUACCAUUUGCCGGAGCCGGAUUCUCCGACGGAACUUGGAUUUCAGCAACGCUAUGGAUCACUACUACAGCACAAGUGGUUCGGAGAUGGAUAUGUGCUGCUGGGUUUUAGUUUAGGCCAUGUAGUUGCGAUAUCAACGCAUCCUAGAGAAGUAGGUCAGGAGCUCUGGCAGGUUAAGAAUCAUCGAGAUUCUUUGAACAGCAUUGCCGUUUGCAAAGAUCUGGAACUCAUUGCCUCUUGCGGAGAUAACAACAUCAAAAUUCACUCCAUGAGCAAUCUCCAGGAGACGGUCAAAAUCCUAACACUCCACGAUCAGGCAGCCCUGAAGAACAUCGAGUGGAGUUCCGAUGGACAGCUUCUUGGGGUAACCACAUCUCAGGGUGCUAUCUGCGUAUUCGUAACCAAACUGCACUCGCUGUACGCCGUAUCUCCGCCUCGGAUAGCACUCCUGUCCAGUUUGGCGGAAGUGGCAAUCCAUCACUACGCACCGGACAAGAUCAAAUCCGCUCCGACGAUGAUCGCUCUGGAGAUUGAGCCUUCUUUCCUGGCGGUGGGGCCUUAUCAUAUGGCUUGCGGAAUGAAUAAUCACGUUUGGUUCUACGAUUUGGGGCGGACGUUAACCGAUAGCCCAUUGCUGCUGGGUGAUCGUGAGUACAUGUCGGAGAUCAAGGAGGUGGCGCUGAGCUCCGAGUACUGCGCCGUCCUUUGUGGAGGGCAGAUCAUGCUGCAUCCGAUUGAAUCGACUAACGAGGCUACGAUGAACCGUGAACCUAAGAUAUUCCCAGACGAGGUUCGCGGCAUGAGUGAAUCGGUGAUCACUUGCUUAACCCUGACCAAUGAUUUCCUUUGUUUUGCAACGGAUCUCGGAAACAUCGUUCACUUCUCGUUGGAACGCUGGUCUACGGUUGUCCAAUUCCGGCAUCAAGUUGGCAUAAAAACCCUACAUGCCGACCUGGAUGGCACGCGAUUGGUAUUCAUCGAUGACCACACCCAUGGGUACGUGUACAUUUCGGCAACGGAGGAAUCGAUUCGAAUUCCAGAUUUUCCCAAGCAUGCCGUUGGCGUUCUGUGGGAUUUCUCGCAUUCGACCGUAUUCAUUGCGUUCGAUCGGAGUAGUUGUGUGACGUAUGCUUUGGUGCGGGCUUCGGUACAUGGCAAAAUAAUAGAGAAGGUUGGAGUUACCAGUUUGAUCAGCGAUCAGAUGCCAUUGAUGUUGUAUGAUGGCGAACUGUGCCUUCAUGGAAGUGGUGGUCGGUUGACGAACAUUGUUCUGGAUACACACGCGAACAAACCCGGAAGAGAUGUGAAGGAACAGCUUAGGGCCGUUCGGUUGAUGCGCAAGUACAAUGAAGCUUGGGAGUUGUGCAAUUUGUUAAACGACGUAGAGGAGUGGAAGGAGCUGGGAAGAUCAUCCAUAGCAGAUCUGAAUGUUUCGUUUGCGAUCAAGGUUUAUCGUAACAUUGGAGACGUAGCCAUGGUGUACGCUCUGGAAGAUAUAGUACAAAUCGAGGACCUCAAUACGUUAGCCGGAUUUUGUGCCUUACUAUUGAAUAAGAUCGACGAAGCAAAAACACUGUUUGCCAAGAGCGGUAAUCCGCAGGAAGCCCUCGAGCUAUGCCGAGAUCUGCUACAGUGGGAACAGGCAAUGGCCCUGGCAGGUUCUCUCGCGCCCGAGCAGUUACCAUUCCUGGCGCGAGAGUAUGCACAACAGCUGGAAUUUACAGGAAAUUACGCAGAAGCACUUAUGAACUUUGAACGUGGCUUAAAAAGCGAUAUUCUUCCAAGUUCAGAUGGAGUUAUUGAGCAAGACGUCCUCAGUCAACAUUUGAGCUUGUGCAAGGCGGGAAUCGCUCGCACUAGCAUCAAAUGUGGAGACCAUCGGCGAGGUGUGCAACUAGCCUUGGAGCUGAAUGAUAAAGAGCUCUUCAACGAAUGCGGUGAAGCUCUGAUGACCAAUGGCAACCUAAAUGAAGCAGCCAUCCUUCUCGAAAAGGGAGAAAACUGGGACAAGUGCUGCGAGCUGUAUAUAAAUCUCAAGCAGUGGAAGAAAAUCGAUCGCAUUCUACCGAAUGUUACUAGUCUUAAGCUUCAUGCUGCAUAUGCCAAAGCCAAGGAAAUGGAAGGACACUACGCGGAUGCUAUCAACAGUUACCACUUGGCGGGAGAUCUAGAUAGUGUUGUACGAAUUUACCUGGAAUACCUCUCCGACCCUCAUAGCGCCUCGGAGAUUCUCCUAGAGACGCGGUCCGUGGAAGGAUCAAAGCUUCUAUCCAAAUACUUUGAACAGCACGGGGACUACGAGUCAGCCAUCCAAUUUCUGGUACUUUGCGGUUCCAUUUCGGAUGCCUUCGCAAUCGCUCAAAAGCAGAAUAAAAUUCGCUACUACGGCGAAGUCUUGGAGCAGAGCUCAAACGCAAAACCCAGUGAUUACCUCGUUCUUGCCACGCAUUUCGAAAACGAAAAGUAUACGCUUCUAGCUGGGAAGUACUAUUUCCUAGGUAAAGAAUACUCAAAAGCUUUGAAACAUCUACUGAAGGCUUCUUCGUUCAGUAACGAAGAGAAUACGGCACUUUCGCUAGCUAUAGACUGCGUAGCAUCUGCCAACGACCAAAAGCUUUCAAACCAGCUGAUAGAAUACCUACUCGGAGAGACAGACGGAGUCCCCAAGGAUCCAAAACUCCUGUUUCGCCUCUACAUGGCGAAGAGGCAGUUUAAGGAAGCUGCCAAAGCCGCAAUGAUAAUAGCAAACCAGGAACAGACCGCCGGAAACUACCGGAGUGCUCACGAUCUGCUCUUUUCCAUGUAUCAAGAGCUCAAACGCAACAACCUUACGAUAGCGUCCGACAUGAAGGCUUCCUUGAUGCUGUUGCAUCGAUAUACGUUGGUGAGGACGCAUGUCAAACGUGGAAAUCACCUGCAGGCCGCUCGGCUACUGCUUCAAGUAGCCAAGAAUAUCUCACAAUUUCCAUCACAUGUCGUCCCAAUUCUGACCUCCACGGUGAUCGAGUGUCACCGGACGGGGUUGCGCAAGUCCGCCUUCGAGUACGCUGUGAUGUUGAUGCGAUCGGAGUUUCGCGGACAGAUCGAUUCGAAGUAUGCCAAAAAGAUUGAGUCCAUUGUGCGCAAGGCUCCACGUGGGCAGCUGGAGGACGAAGGCGCGUACGAAUCCAGUCCGUGUCCGGUGUGCGAUGCGAAUCUCCCGUCGAUGGAUUUCAUAUGCGGACAGUGCAAGACGACGCUGCCGAUCUGCAUUGCUACGGGACAACACAUCGUCAAGGAUGACGUAGCUGCAUGUCCGGAGUGUGAUUUUCCCGCCUUGAAAGUGGAAAUGAUGAAAAUCCUGGAAUCAACAGAGAACCAAUGCACAAUGUGCGGGGAAGAGAUUGACGCAAGCCGUCUAGUGGACAUCGACGAUAUUCAGCCCUACAUUGACGGUGCAGCAACGUGAUCUCAUUGCUUUAUCAUGGGCGAUACUUACUGAUGUACCUUUCAAUAAUGAUCAAGUGCGCUUCAAGUGCAAAAAAAAGGGUAAUAAACGAUCUCUCCUUGAUGUAGGAAAACUA